AUGCUGCCGUUGAUUCUAAUACCCGCCUUCCUCUCCUUGUCGUCGGUGCUCCAUGUGCCAUUUGCCCCCGGCGUCCCACUCGUCUGGGGUCAAGCAUUAACAGGAUAUGUCCUGCAUACGAUAUCGACUCUACACCUCAAGAAAAUCCCACCACCUUACCCGUCCGUUCCAUGUUCAAUGACACUUGGCUUCAACACCUGCCUCGAUUUCGGUUACUUCCGCCGAAUUUGGCUAAAUCCGCGUUUGAUACGUACACAUCCAACCAACCAGACCUCGCAGGAACGGCCGAAGAAGCAGUCUCGCGGGGUAUUCCUUGUCUUACAACUCUCCAAGCUUCUCAUAUACUACAUUGUUCAAGCACACAUCUCCCCUGCGCUAUUUGACGAGGUUAUCAUUGACAUCCUACCCGAUGAUGUUGCCCCGUCUCAACAAUCUCUCUUGCGACCCUUGGAUGAGUUCACAGCGCGAGAGUGCUUGAAUGUGACGUUCGUCACCUUGUCAUCUUUCUGGACGACGUUUGUGUACCUCGAUGGGACCAAUGCCCUGAUGGGCGCAUCUUUUGUUAUGAUCGGCCUGGAUGAUCCAGAGGACUGGCCACCACUCUUUGGAGACCUCUACCAGGCAGUUGGGCUGCGAAAUUUCUGGUCAAGAUUCUGGCACACACUUCCCAUGAAGCCUUACAGGAGCAUCGGAGAAUACAUCAGCCUUCGGAUACUUAGGCAGUUACCUCAGUCUUUCUCCCAUAAGGCAACCGUUGCCCUGGUUGCAUUUGGGCUUUCGGGCGCCGCUCACGCUUUGAUAGACUGGCAGCGUGAUACCCCUGAUUGGCAUUUGAACAUUUAUUGGUUUCUCUUGAACUUCCUUGGUUGUAUGGGCGAGUCUCUUUUUGUCAAGACGCUUCGUCAGUUAGCACGGAGAGCUCGUCAGGAGAACGAUCUUCGCACCCUCGAGGAAAGCUGGCUCGGCAGGUUUAUCGGGUACGUCUGGGUGUGCGUCUUCUUCUGCUGGACGGUGCCAAUGUGGCGUUUCCCCGAAAUCCAUCGACAGUCUUUGGCGUUCCAAAGCAUGAGGAAACUCUUGUCGAACAUGCAAGUAGUUCAACAGUAG